AUGGAAGACGACAAUUACAUUGACCAUCCCCAUUACCAAGACAAAUCAGAAGAAGAAGAUGCAGAAGAGGCACUCUCUCUUUGCGACCUUCCACUAGACAAUACCCAUGACCAAGUCCACGAAUUCCACGACAUGUCGUCUAACCACCUACAAGCUCGUCGUUCCUCCUCCGAUCAGUUAUUCGAGUUCUUCAGCGACAUCAGCUCCGACAGCUUCAUGUGUUCCGCCGAAGACAUCAUCGUCUGCGGGAAACUCAUACCCUUCAAACAACACAUGACCGAAGUCCCCAAGGCUCAUCCAAACCCUAACCAUUCUCACAAGAAUAAUCAACCAACUUUUCGAAGGCGGUCUGAGUCGCUUUCCGAGUUACAAAGCUCGGUGACAAGAUCGAGCAGCUCAAAAAACCAGAUCAUGAUGAGGAACAGCCGAUCAUUGGACUAUCGAAAGCUUCACCGGCAAUCUUCGAUGGUGUCGCCGACGCCUGGGGAGAUGGAGAGGAAUUCCUCGGUGAGGAGCGUUGGAAAAUCCGAUAAGGUCAAGAGUGGUAAUAAUAAGCCGAGGUGGUUUUUUCUUAUGUUUGGGAUUGUGAAGUUUCCGGCGGAGAUGGACCUGAGUGACAUCAAGAACCGGCAAAUUCGGCGAAACCCGUCCACCACAAUGUUUCCCCGAGAAGUCGUUGCUGGGAAGUUUCCGGAUAAUCGGAGCUCCGGCAAGGGCUCUUGGAGACUGCUCAAGGCAUUGAGCUGCAAGGACCAUGCAAGUGUUGCUGUAACGACGCCGUUUUGUACACAAGUGUGA